AUGACGCAGUAUUUGAAAAACAAGCUGCUGGCAGAUGUUGAAGGUACGUGCACGGGCCAGUUUGGAUAUAUUAUUUGCGUUAUGGACGGUAUGAAAAUUGAUGUGGGCAAAGGUCGGGUGAUUCCGUCUACAGGCUCUGCCGAGUUUGAAGUCAAGUACCGUGCCAUUGUGUGGAGACCAUUUAAAGGAGAAGUAGUGGAUGGUAUUGUCACCAAUGUCAAUAAAAUGGGUGUGUUUGCAGAUGUGGGUCCUCUUUCUGUAUUUAUCUCAUCACACUUGAUUCCCUCGGACAUGACUUUCAAUCCGUCUGCGAAUCCUCCUGCAUAUACUUCUGAAGAACAAUCGAUAGAAAAGGGUAGCCGAGUGCGCCUGAAAAUUGUGGGUGUAAGAGCCGAUGUCGGAAAGAUGUUUGCAAUGUAA